AUGGCACCGGGUAGAAGAGCCCCAGGCCGCAAGGGCCCGGAGACCCCGGGCGGGACGGGGAGCAGGAGCAGCUCUGCGGAGGGUCUCGGGCCCACUCCCUACGAGCCGGGGAUGGCUCGCCCCCCCCCCCCCAAAGGGGAAUCGUGGAUCCUAGAACCCAUACCCCUCCCGCCCACGCGGAGCCAACCGCCUCCCGACCGCGGCUCCGUCCGGCUUCCCGGCGCCGCCGAUGGCGUCGGCCUUGGGUCGAGGGGAGGCGCCAGGGCCCGACACUCACCGGUGAGCGGGCCGAGGCAGGUGUGGAGGAGCUGGAAAGAGCGCGUUGCUGCGCGCAGCUCAGGCAGCCGCCGCUCCUCCACCUCUCACCGAGCGUUCUGGAAAGUUCCGCCCGGCGCGCCGCAGCCGUCGUCUUUUGUAGCCGAGCCCAGACGCGUCACCCGCAGGAAGUCCCGCCCUUCCCGCCGCUGCCACCGCCCCGCGGUUACCCGGGCAACGGCGCGGGGGAGCUCGGGCUGGAGGGGCCUGUGCCGAACAGCCUUGUGGGGUUGGGUUCCUAGUGCUCCUGGAACUUUCUGGAGCCCUUUCUUCCCCCGGUACCACCAGUCUGUGAACCUGGACCUACAGUCUGCAAAGCAGCCAGGGAAACACAACGCAAUCCAGGGAAACUCUGUAAGACGGGAUGAAGAAUUAAGGAAGAACGUUGCUCACAGGGAGUGUCCAGAGGCGCACGCUGCCUGGAAACGGCCACAGGGUUAGCAGCCCGACGUCUCCCGAC